AUGAUGAAAUCCUUUCCAGAAACAGAGGGCGUAAGCAGUGGCUGUGAAGCGAGUGUGGUUAGAGAGGAGAUAGCACGGGACUACGCCGCGCUACAGUCGAGACUACGCAGAGAAUUCUCCGAUAGACGGGGCAAAAUGUACGCUGCAUCGCGGCCAGUUGCUACAGAAGAGCAGCUGUCGGCGGACUUCCGCAAGAAGCUCGCCGAGUGGCAGCGAAUGAAAGGUGUAAGGCAGCCGCCGCCGGUACCAGCGCGACAGGAUCUCAGCGAAGACUUCCUCAAGAAAUGGGAUGAAUGGAAGCGCAUGAAGGAAACCAACUCUGUGCCAGCUUGGGAAGAAGAAGCGAAACCAGACGAAGUUUUAGUUCAAACCUCUACUGGACUCUUCAAAUUUCAAGGCAUUUCUCGAUCGUUCACCCGCAAGCUGCACGAAUGGGAAAAAUCCCGGGGCAUUGCUCCUGAAGCGUCCACGUCGGCACUACUGCGUGCGGCGCGCGAACGCAAUAAGACUCCAGCCGCGCCACUCACGCGUACACAGUCCGACGGGAGCGUAGCGCCAUCUGUUGGCACUGGACGGCGGCACGGCUCCAGUCUCAGCGUUAACGACGUAGAUGAUUUUGACUCCGAAUACGAUAGGGAACACUCGCCUGACGGCGUUGACGAUGUUGAUGGGGACAACACCCGAGGGGCAGUGCUGGUGGAAGUGGAAGCGGAGGAAGUCUGCACCGCUGCGCCACUUGUGGCGGUCUCCCCGCGUCACACUCCUCAGAAGCCAGUGUACACAUACGGCCAAGCAGAGGCGCGUCUACUCUGUGAAACUAGUACCGCCGUUACUGGGACUGCAGUUUUGCAACCGAACGGUUCUGUCUUACUUUCAGAAGCCCGCGGUGUGAAAUCAAAAGGCCAGUCUACAAAAUCGAAAUCACCUCGAGAACAGAACAAAAUAACCGAAAAGUCAGUCAGAAGAAGAAUAGUUCAACAACCAAGUAUUGAAGAAGAUGCACUGUUUAUCAGGAAAACUAUAGAAGAAAUUGAAAGAGGAAGCUCCAGAUUUAAAGAUGACGUAACAGCCUCAGAAACGGAAUUUAAAGACUUGCCGUCUACAAGCAAGGGAUGUAACUUAAGAAUUUCUAAACAAGAUGAUAAUUUAAAAGAAACUAAAAAUGGUAAGGAUACUAACGAAGACCCAAAGGAUGAUUCUAAACGUAAAGAUGGCGAUAAGGGUAAUGGUAAAAAGAAGACUAAAUCUAGAGCAAGGUUAGAAAGAGAACAGUCUAAACCAUCCGAGAGUGAUACCGAACAAGACGUGGACACCGUAACGGUUGAAAUUCCUAGAAGACGGAAGAGACCAAAAAGACCUUCUGAAAGACCUAGGAGUCCUCCAACAUCAAUUCAUUCGGAUUCAGAGGGAGAGAUCUUUGUACUCAAACUCAAAGCUUCAGAACACAGAGAGAAGUCACCGGAGGUGAUAGUCAAAACAACCAGAAAAAUAUUUUCGCCAGUUGUGCGAAGCGGUGAAACAGUGGCGAGAGCCGUUAUACCGGUGGACGUAGAAGACUUAGAUGAAGUAAGACCAUCCGUGGAAAGGAGUCCACGUACUCAUGAUUUCAAGAAGAAAUAUGAAACAGAAAAACGCAAAAAAGAGCUCAACAUGCGGUCUAAGAGUUCCGGCGAUCUUCAGGAAGGAAUCGACCAAAGACCAAAAACAAGACCACCACUUCCCACGUCUCCGUCAUCGCAGCGUAAGCCGCUCCAGAAAGAGGCGGCGCCGUCCAUUCGAAUUAUGAUACAACGUUACAAUAAGAAAAUAAAUGAAGAAGGUCCCGUGUCAGGCGGCAGCAGUGGUGCCUCCUCUCCACCCUGGCGUUCUCCAACUGCUGAGAGGCGGCGACCUCCGGAUAUGCCUCUUGGCAUUAAUAUAAGAAAUAACCCGUUCCUUGAAAGAGAAGUCCAGAAAUCGGCGAGUGCUUGCCAGCUAUCGAGGCGAGAUCAAGCUUCCGUCGAAAAACGUCUGACGCCAACCACACAGAGUUUAGACGGAGUACUCAAAUCACACAGCGCGAAUGCAUUGCUGCCAGAAAAAGAGAAUAAAUCCACGCCGCAACAAGAGAAUAAAGAAGAUAGCCAAGAGACAAUAAAAUGUAACACAACAAGCACCGAUACAGUAGUUCAAAGUGUGUCAUCUAAUUUACCAGAUCGGAGCCAAGCGGAUCCGGAACCACAUCCCGUAUUAAGGCAGCUGUCAGAUACGAUAGUGCCAAGCUUAUCCCGGUUUUUAACUGAUAACACUGGGUUUUAUGAGAGAUCAUUCUCGACUAUGGAAACUGAGAAUUUCUUAACAGAAAGCAGUAACGUGGCAACAAGUCUCUCAGAGCGUGCAGCAAAGAUUCGAGCUGCGAGGGAAAAAUUCCUCGCAUCCCCUCCGUCGAUGAGGAAGGAAGGUACGAGUUCAGCUAAUGAUUUGAGACCAGGCGACAGAAACAGUAGCAUCAGCUGUGAGAGUGAUGUGACAGAGACACAGAGAUCGAGCACGCAGGAACAGAGCUUGGGGCGAAGCAUAUCUACUGGCAUGGUCAAUGUGGACAGAGAAGCUUGGCAAAGAGUAGCCGAAGGAUCGCGUCGAGAUCGUCCGCGCUCGCGAUUCAGCCUUGCUCGCCUCGCCGCCAAGUUGCGCCGCAAGGACGAAGGAGCUGUGUCACGUUUAUGUCGGCAGAGUCUACUUGUCCAAUUAAGAAAUAAGCAGUAA